AUGUCGGCCACCAACAACAACAACAACAACAACAACAACAACAACAACAACGCCAGCAGCUACACCAGCAGCUACGCCAACAACCACACCAACAGCUACACCAACAACCACGCCAACGGCUACACCAACAACCAUGCCAACGGCUACACCAACAACCACGCCAACAACAACAACAAUAACCAGGAAGUUCCUUUCUUCAAUUAUACAGGAAGAACAUUGGAGUCGAGUGCCACAGCGUUUUACGCAUAUGGAAGGGCGCCUCAAGUCCACUUUCUGGACAGCGACCCUGACAUGUCGACCAACCCUCGAGUCGAGGAGGAGGAAGAGGACGAUGAGGUCCUCGAGGAGGUGUUGAUCUCGGGGAUCAACAACCUCGUACUCCCUGCCCCCGUGACGGCCGACGAGGUGGCAGCAGACCUUGGCCACCUCAGCUUCCAGGACCUCCCGAUUACAUUCGAGGAACUGGAGAGCGACCAUGCGGCCUACGAGGAUUUCGCUAGCGGUUUCAUAAACAUGGAUCCUUAG